AUGAUUACCAACACUCAGCUGGAUGGUGUCGCCCUUGUUGUUGGGUCAGGGAGAGGCAUUGGCCAACAGGCCGCCUUUUCUCUCGCCGAAGCCGGCGCCAAAGUGGUCGUUUUCGCCGACAUGAACGAAGAGACAGCUAAAGAGUCUGCCGAAGAAAGCAAGAAAUAUGCUUCAAACAAGGACUACACUGCAACUACGUUCAAAGUGAAUGUUACCGACAGUCAAGGUGUCCAGGACAUGGUAGAUUUCGUAGUCAACACUUUCGGUCGCCUGGAUUACUGCGUGAACGGCGCCGGGGUUGACAAUGGCGUCCAUUGCCCGGUCGCGGAAACCGACAUCGAGAACUUCGAGCGGAUCAUGAACAUCAACGCCAAGGGAAUGAUGAUGUGUGUCCGGGCACAGUGCGCUGCUAUGCGCAAGCAGACCCACCGACAAGUCCAAGGUCGCAACGGAAUGCGAGAUAUCGGCCGUGGUGCGAUUGUCAACAUCGCGUCCGCGAAUUCCUUCGCCGGGAUGCCAGGAAAGAUGUCUUACACGGUAUCCAAACACGCAGUUAUGGGGAUAACCAAGAUGGCAGGCCUCGACCAUGCAGCAGAAGGGGUCAGAUGCAACGCAGUCUGUCCAACCUGGGUGCGCACCCCUCUGUUGGACGUUGAGCUGCAGAGCAACCCCCAAGUUGCCGGCAUGAUCUCCGCCAUCGUGCCGAUCAAACGAGCUGCUGAAAGCGACGAGGUGUCGGAUACAAUUGCGUUCCUGCUGAGUCCCGCAGCGAGCUACAUCAAUGGCACGAGCGUUGUGAUUGAUGCGGCGGUUACAACGACCGUGAGACUUUUUUAG